AUGCUGAAACGCCCUAGGAGCAAAAAGAGUCAGCUAAGUACCAAAUUAGACCUUGACAUCAAGCGAUCUCAAGCGAUGCCGACGAGAUUUUCCCAGACGUUCUGGAUGGAUUUGACAUUGCUAGACGUCGUCAGACAGCUGUGCAAGCAGUCCACUACAACUCAACAUGCUCGCUUGUCAAACAACGUUGGGCUGUGCGGUGCUAUCAGGGUAGGAAUGUAG